AUGGGCACUGCAAUACUUGAUCGGCUACUUGUCCAUUGUAUACUAUUUCUAAUAGUGUCGCUGCUGCUGAUCCCGUCCGCAUGCGCUGCUGCUCGUCAUACCAAUACCACCGUCGACUGCCUCCCAUCCGACAGGUCUUCCCUCCUCGACAUAAUACACGGUGUCUCCUUCGGCAUGGGCAUUGAAAUACAUGAUUAUCCCAAAGCUCGCGGCCCCCCGGUUUCAUGGAAACCUGGCUCCAACUGCUGCGGCUGGGAGGGAGUCACUUGCGACCCCAAAUCUGGCCACGUCAGCGGCCUCGACCUCAGUCAACGUGGUAUCAAUGGUAAACUCAGUGCUAGCCUCUUCAAUCUCACCUCCCUCCGAACUCUCGACCUCUCCGGCAAUUUCUUUCAAGGAGACUUUCCUCAGGUGGGGUUUGAGAACCUUACACAACUCACCCGUCUCGAUCUCUCAUUAGCCGGAUUCAGUGGUCAGAUUCCUGUCGGCAUCUCUCUCUUAACCAACCUCAUCUCCCUCGACCUCAGCGUUGCAAUGGUCAUCUACUCACCUGACGGCCUCUACAUGGAAGGAUACUACCUCAGCAAUUACUCACAACUCUGCCAUCCAAGUUUCCGGACUCUAGUUGGAAACCUUAGCAAUCUGAGGGAUCUCCGUCUCGACGGCGUCGACAUGUCCUCGAACCUAGACUGGGGAAGUGCUUUGUCCACCUCGAUGCCUCACCUUCAAGUGCUCGGUUUGAGCGACUGUAAUCUCCCAGGUAAAGCUGUACUUCUUUAUCUAAUCAGUUUUAUAUUCAAGCAUUAUUUCCUUAUUUAUUAUAUAGUAUAUAUAUUUGGAGUCGCAGGAUUGUUGCCGACAGACAUCUUGACAUCACACGCCAACCUGACUCUUCUCGACCUAACAAUGAAUCCGAUGCUUUCUGGGAAUCUGCCGGAUUUUCCAAGCAACAAUGCGUUGCAAAGUUUGAGCUUUUUUGGGAUGAAUUUAUCCGGGAACAUACCAGACUCUAUUUCUAAUCUCAAGCACCUGACUACUCUGGGUUUCUAUGAAUUCGGUCUGACCGGGAUGAUACCAUCUUCCAUCGGGAAUCUUACCCAGCUCACAUAUUUAGACCUCUCGGAGAACAAUUUCACGGGAAUAACCAAUUCUAUGGUGAGUUAA